GUAAAAGUUUAGUACUUUAAUAAAAGCACAGCAAGGCGGGUGCCAUAUUCGAAUAAUCAUUUGUUUCCAUCUGUUCAUUAGCAUCCUCCUAUACUGAAAGCGAGGAAAGCCUCCGUCUUUGAAAUCAACCGCGGAUAAAUUUAAGCAGCUGCUGGGCUCAUAUUAUUUCCAAGGCGCGCAAGAGGAGAUGAUGGAGGCAGAGAAAGAGGAGAGACGAUGGAGGUAGAGUAGAGAGAGAUGGGAGGUGAUGGAGGCUGAGAGAUGAGAGAUAAGUGAGGAUAGGGUUGGUCCAAAGAAAGGAGAGAUUUGGAUGCUUUUUUAGGGUGUGAGAGUUUACCUGAUGGCAUCAUCUGAAAUAAAAUCUGGGGCAUUGGUUUCAUUGCAAGACCUACAUCCAUCUUCCCCUUAUUUCAAGCAAGGGGCUUCGUUGAGACUAACUGGAAAGUUACAAGAGUGUUCUGUAGAGACAGCCAUUGCCACAAUUGUUGAUGGAAGUGACAGCUUAAAAAUCAACACCCAACACCUCAGGGACCUUAGCUUUCGAGUCGGAUCCAUCUACCAGUUCAUCGGCGAGCUGCUUAUUCAACCCGAUAAUGAGGCAGUCUUGCAGGCACGUGUGGGUAGGAAUGUUGAUGGCAUUGAUCUCAAUCUCUAUUAUCAAUCUCUGCAAUUGUUGAGACAAUUUCAGGCUGAUCAUUUGAAGACCAAAUUACCAUCUACCCCCAACCCAUCAAACAAUGCAAAAUGAAAUCGUAAUGGCAAAAGGGUCAAAGCCAAUAGCCCAAUGAUCACCUAUUAAUUGAAACCAAACGAAUAUAUUUUUAAUUGGGCCCUUAGAUUUUUUUAUGAACUUUUUGGGUAGGCCCAAGUCCUCACCUACCGUUUAACGUUUUCGCUGGAAGCCUGUACGUCUUUAUCGGGUACGCCGACCCACACCUGAUUGUUGGCUCUUACGUGUCAGAAGCUGGUUGGUAAGAAUAUACGCGGUGCUGGACCCACCAAGUUGCUGCUCCUUUGCACCGCCCUCAUCAUGUGCGCUAACGGUGCGGAGCACUGGAUACGUGGAUUCAAAGUUUCACGUGUAGAAUAGCGGGAGAAAGUGAUAAUCUCGUGUCUCAUGCUCCCACCCAAAAGUCUAUGCACUCGCAAAAUGAAAAUAUCUCCUUUUCUUUUCUUUCUCUUUUUUGGGUUUGUUUCUUCAAUUAAACAUUAUUGUUCUAAUAAUUUUGGUAAAACAAUAGUCUGAAAUUU